AAGAUGGCUGUGUGUCUCGCGGAGCCUCGUGCUGGUUUGGUUGAUUUCUAGCUCGCGCUCUCGUUCUGUAACAGAAGCCCCCCCCACACACACACUCGUACACACACACACACUCACUAGUGUCGGUGAAAUACAUUUUGUGCCUGGCUCCUCUGUAUUUAUUAUAUUUUUAAAAAACUUUUUCCCCUCUCCGUUUUUGCUUGAAACGGAGUCGCGGUGGAUUAACCGGAUACCGGGGCGGAGGGGCUAAAUCUCGGGGGGGGGGGGGGGGGAAUGAACCGGGACGUCGGGUACGUUGGUAUAAAUAUAACCGUAUUUAUAUUCAAUGGUGUUUUUAGGGAGUUUGACUGUGAGUGAGUCUCGGUGCUGAGAGAGAGGCAGUGAACGAGAGGAGAGAGGGAGAGACAUAAUGGCCGCUCAGGUCGCCAGCGUCGCCUCUCUCAACACAAGCCCGCCAUCCGAACUCAAGAAGCCGGAUCGGGACUCGCAGGAGGACUCGGUGGUGGUACCGGGGGAGAAACUGCAGGAAAAUAAGGAACCGGGAACCGACGGCGGAUCUCCGGGUCAGAAGGAGGACGGGAGCGAUGGAGGAGGAGGAGGGGAUCCCGAUAUGAAGAACGGGAAUGUUCCCAGGGUAAAUAAUAAUAAUAAUGAUUCAAGCGAGGGGAACAACCAUCCCGGAAUGGGACACCACCAUCCGGGCCCCUUUCCUCCACCUCCUUACGGUUACAACCAGCACUACAGCCGGGCCCCUUUUCAUCAACAUGGCGGACAACAAAGCCCUGGCAUGGCAGCUGCAUCGGGGCCGGGCAUGAUGGACCCUUACCCGGCUAACUCACACGAAUACCCCAACCCCAACCAUUACAACAACUAUAGCCCUUUCCAGAACAGGACUUCUUCGUCCUCUUCUUCUUCCUACCAGGGCUACGGAGCCAUGACUUCCCCGCGAAAUAACAGCCAGGCUCCAACGGCCGGGGGGCAGCCAGGCAAGCAGCAGCCAGCAGGAGGAACCACUGCUGCUUCGUACAAUAAUCAGAGGUAUAACAUGGGAACCCAACAACCUACAUCCACGCCAACUUUAAAUCAGCUUUUGACAUCCCCCAGUUCAGCAAGGAGCUACCCGAAUUACCCCCAAGGAGACUAUAACAAUCAGGAAGGGGCCAGCAAGGGACCAGCAGAUAUGGGCAGUCAGUAUGGAGGUGGUGGUGGUGGUGGAGGAGGAGGAGGAGGUGGUAGUGGUGGUGGUGGGGUCCAUCCGGGUUGGCAACAAAGGAGCCACCAUCAAGCUCCCAUGAGCCCGGGAAACACUGGACAACCUCCCAGCAGAAACCAGCCUCCGAGCCCAAUGGAGCAAGUAGGGAAAAUGCGUGGCCAGCCAUCAUAUGGAGGACCCAACCCUUACUCCCAGCAGCAGCAGCAAGGCCCUCCAGCAGGUCCCGGUCCCCAGCAAGGAGGCUCCUAUCCUGGGCAAGGAUACGGACCUCCGGGCCCUCAGAGAUAUCCAAUGGGGAUGCAGAACCGAACGCCUGGCGCUAUGGGCGGCAUGCAGUACGGACAACAGAUGUCAGGUUAUGGUCAGCAGGGUCCCGGGGGCUACAGCCAGCAGGGUCAGGCUUACUACGCUCAGCAUGGCGCCCCCCCCCACCCUGCCCAACAACAACAACAGCAGCAGCCUCCGUACGCAGGCCAGCCUCAGGGCGUCUCUGGAGCUCCGUACCCUCAACAGGGACACCCAUCGCAGCCCUCUGGACAACACGGACAACCAGGAGCCCCUUACCAACAACCCCAAGGUCCCCAUGGCCCUCCUCAAGGUCAACCUCCCUACAACCAGCCCCCCCAAACUCAGCCUGGACAGCCAAACUACGUUCCUCCUCCACAGGCUCAACAGGGACCAGGACCCCAAAGUCAACAGGGUCCACAAGGUCAACCUGGCUAUCAACAGCCUCCUGGAGCAGGGCAACCGCCACAGCAAAGCCCACAGCAGAGCCCCCAACAACAACAACAACAACAGCCCCCACAACAACAACAACAGCAACAACAGCCCCCACAACAACAACAACAACAGCAGCAACAACAACCAGGAGGAACACCGUCUCAAGCCCAGCAACCUCCAGGGCACGGGCAACAGGCGCAACAGGGGCAACAGGCGCAACAGGGGCAACAGGCGCAACAGGGGCAACAUUCCCCUUAUUCCCAGACUCCCCCUCUUCAACAGCCACCACAACAACAACAACAGUCUCCAUAUCAGAGGUUCCCCCCUCCUCCACAGGAGCUUUCCCAGGACUCGUUCAGCUCUCAGUCGAGCGCUCCUCCUUCCAACCAGCCCAUGGCUUCCAAUAAAAGCAGCCAGGAGGACAGCAUGCAGGGGCGGCCCUCCAGUCUGCCGGUAAUCAGAUGCCUCCACGGCCGCCCAGCGUUCAGUCAGACAGCGUCAUGCACUCCUCUCCCAUGAACCAGUCAGCCAUGGGCCAGGAAAGGGUGUACAUGCGUAACCCUCAGAUGCCUCCGUACGGGUCCCCGGGACAACCUGGCUCCGCCUUAUCUCCACGCCAGUCUUCUGGAGGCCAGAUGCAUGCUGGGAUGGGACCAUAUCCCCAGAACAACUCCAUGGGAAACUACGGGCCUCAGGGGGUCCAGUACGGUCCGCAAGGUUACCCCCGGCAGCCCGGAUACACAGGCAUGCCCAACGCUAACUACCCCACAGGUCCGGGGCCUGAUAGAAUUUUGAGCGGCUCCAUGAACCCCAUGCCUGGUCAGGGUGGGGGGGUCCCGUACGGAGGCAUCCCACCCGGUAGAUUAGGCCUCGGACAGAUGGGUCCCCGGCCUUUUGGCCCCGGGAUGGCAGCAAACAUGGCCGGCAUGCCUCCUCAGGUGGCGUCUGGGAUGUGUCCGCCUCCAGGCAUGAACAGGAAGGACGGAGGACCCUCGAUGCACCACGGACCAACAAACUCCAUACACAACAGGCCACCUGGAUAUCCUAACAUGUCCCAAGGCAUGAUGGGAACAGGAUCUCCGUACGGGCCGGGUAUGAACAGCAUGCAUGGGAUGAUGAACCAGGGAGGGCCAGGGCCAGGGCCAGGGCCGUAUCCAAUGGGAACAAACAUACCCAACAACAGUCCUGGAAUGCCUCCCAGUACGGAGUUUGCCAUGGAGAAAAUGAACCCUGCUCAGAAGAUCAACAACAAAGUGGAGGGGACUCCCAAGCCAGAAACAACAACAACAACAACAACAACAACAACAACACCAACAACAAAAAAGAAGUCGAGCUCUUCCACCCUCACUAACGAAAAGAUCACCCGCCUGUAUGAGCUCGGCCCGGAGCCGGAGCGGAAGAUGUGGGUCGAUCGAUUUCUGGCUUUCGCGGAGGAAAAGGCGAUGGGAAUGAACAACCUUCCUGCUGUGGGACGCAAACCUCUGGACCUCUUCAGACUCUACGUGUCCGUCAAAGAGAUCGGAGGCCUCACACAGGUGAACAAGAACAAGAAGUGGAGAGAGCUGUCUACCAACCUGAACGUGGGAACAUCGAGCAGCGCUGCCAGCUCGCUAAAGAAACAGUACAUCCAGUGUUUGUACGCCUUCGAGUGCAAGAUCGAGCGCGGCGAAGACCCGCCAGCGGACUUUUUCAACACCGACUCCAAAAAGAACCCGCCCAAGGCCCAGCCCCCCAGCCCAGCUGGCUCUGGAUCCCUGCAGGGCCCCCAGACUCCUCAGUCCACCAGCAGCUCCAUGGCAGAGGGGGGAGACCUGAAGCCCCCCACCCCCGCCUCCACCCCCCAGCUGCCUCCAAUGCCCGGAGCCAGGAGUAGUGUGAGUCUGCAGGACCCUUUUGCUGACGGAGGAGACCCCGCUUUCUCCAGGAGAAACGCUCUGACCCCCAAUUCACAGGGCUAUCAACCCGGCAUGGCGGGCCCAGAGAUGAUUGCUCGAAUGGGCCCCUACGAAACAAACAAAGACCCCUUUGGUGGUAUGAGGAAAGCCGGAGAGCAGUUCAUGCAGCCGGGGCCCAACAGUGGGAUGGGAGAGCAGUAUAACAGAGGCCCCCCAGGACCAAUGGGGAACAUGCAGAUGGGCCAGAGACAACAGUACCCUUAUGGAUAUGACCGAAGACAGGAGCCAGGCAUGGGCCCUGAAGGCAGCAUGGGCCCCGGAGCCCCUCAGCCCAACAUGAUGCCUUCAGGAGCCGAAACUGGGAUGUACUCGCCCAGCCGCCCCCCACCACAGCAACGGCAUGAGUCCUACACCAAUCAGUAUCCAGGCCAAGGAGCGCCCCCUGGUGGCCCGUAUCCCAAUCAGCAGCCAGGAAUGUAUCCUCAGCAGCAGCCGAACUACAAGCGUCCAGUAGACGGGGGUUACGGCCCUCCUGCGAAGCGCCACGAAGGGGAAAUGUACAACUACAGCGGUCAGCCGGGCCCCCAGCCCUCGGGGCCCCCGGGCCAACAGGAGAUGUACAACCAGUACAACGCGUAUCCUGGAGGAGAACGAAGACCCCCAGGUCCCCAGAACCAGUUCCCUUUCCCCUUCGGACGAGAGCGCGUCCCCUCGUCUUCAGGGCCAAACUCCCAGUCUCCCAUGCCUCCUCAGAUGAUGGCGAGCGCCAUGCCAUCGGGCCCCGAAGGCCCCCAGGGUCCCAUGUGGCAGGGACGCAACGAAAUGGGUUAUAAUUACCCAAAUCGACAAGGAGCGGGUCAAAACCCCGGGUAUCACGGCAUGAAUCGCUCAGAGGAAAUGAUGCCAGGAGACCAGCGGAUGAAUCACGAUGGUGGUCAGUGGCCGGGUCAUCAGAGGCAGCCUCCUUUUGGCCCCGGGGGCUCCGGACCCCCCAUGACACGCCCCCUACCGUCCACCUAUCAGACCUCUCAGAACCACAUUCCUCAGGGAAGCAGUCCAACGCCAAUGCCACGACCCAUGGAGAGUAGGACGUCGCCAAGCAAGUCUCCGUACAUGCACCCGGGCAUCAAAGUACAGAAAGCAGGACCCCCGAUACCCGCCUCUCACAUUGGACACGCCCCCGUUCAGCAGCCGAUGAUCCGGAGAGACGUGGCUUUCCCCCCCGGAUCUGUGGAAGCAUCGCAGCCACAUCUGAAGCCCCGAAGGAGACUCACCGUCAAAGAAAUCGGCACCCCUGAGGCCUGGAGAGUGAUGAUGUCUCUAAAGUCAGGAUUACUGGCUGAGAGCACCUGGGCUCUGGACACCAUCAACAUCCUGCUGUACGACGACAACAGCAUCACUACUUUCAACCUGUGCCAGCUGCCGGGCUUCCUGGAGCUGGUGGUGGAAUAUUUCAGACGCUGCCUCAUCGAGAUCUUCGGCAUCUUAAAGGAGUACGAAGUGGGGGACCCCGGCCAGCGAACGCUCAUCGACCCAAACGCCGCCGAGGACCACGUGGACGAAAACCCAAUCUCCGAGGAAAUGGACGUGGACGAAGAAGACGAGGAAGACGACGAGGAGGAGGCAGAGGAAGUCGUCGUUCCCUCGUCGCUGGUUCAGGUGAAGCUGGAGGAGAAACAGCCGUCUUCAGAGGACGAGGAAGAGGAGAAAGAGUCACCUGUUAAAGAACCCGUCACUUCGCAGAACUCUGACUCGGAAAAGCCCAAACAGGCGAGUAAAUUCGACAAACUCCCGCUCAAAGUGGUGCGAAAGAGAAACCCCUUCCUGCUGAAUCUGGCGUCUUUGCAGAGGCAGAGUUUCGACAGCGGAUUGACCCACUGGAGCAUCGGCGGAGGAGACACGACGGAGCACAUCCAGACGCACUUCGAGAGCCGAUCGGACCUCCUGAAGCUGCGGAAACGCAAACCGACGACGAACAGCGAGAACCGCAAGAAGGUGGGCACGAGAGACGAGUCGGAAAACACGGAGAAACCGCCGCCUACUCUUAUUCCUCCCGUCACCGCCACUAUCGACGACGUCCUUUUCGCUCUACCUGGAUCCGUCACGGAAGAAGUGGUUCGAGGAGGCGCCGAAGAGCAGAAAGAAAACGGGAAAUAUCUGUUCAGUAUUAACCCCGAAAUGCAGAGUCGACGCAACAUCAAGAUCCUGGAAGACGAGCCUCACAGCAAAGACGAAAGGCCGCUCAGCUCCUUGUCCGACUGGCAGGAUUCGCUUUCUCGCCGCUCCAUCUGCAUCUCGAACAUCUUGCGGAGCCUCUCUUUCGUGCCGGGAAACGACCUGGAGAUGUCGAAACACCCGGGCCUCCUGCUGCUGCUGGGCCGCCUCGUGCUGCUGCACCACAGGCACCCCGAGAGGAAGCAGGCGCCCGUUACCUACGAAAAGGAGGAAGAGGAGGAUGAAGGAGUGAGCUGUGAACGGGACGAGUGGUGGUGGGACUGCCUGGAGGUUCUGCGUGAGAACUGCCUGGUGACGCUCUCCAACAUCUCGGGCCAGCUGAACCUCUCAGUUUACCCAGAAAGCAUCUGUUUGCCUCUGCUGGACGGCCUGCUCCAUUGGGCCGUCUGUCCGUCAGCCGAAGCUCUCGAUCCCUUCCCGACUUUAGGACCCCUCAGCUCUCUUUCCCCGCAGAGACUCGUCCUGGAAACUCUCAGCAAACUCAGCAUCCAGGACAACAACGUGGAUCUCAUCUUGGCCACGCCUCCUUUCAGCCGCCUGGAGAAACUGUACGGAUCGUUGGUUCGCUUAGUCGGCGAGCGAAAAGUUCCCGUGUGUCGAGAAAUGGCCGUUGUGCUUCUGGCUAACUUGGCGCGGGGAGAUAGCUUAGCGGCGCGGGCUAUCGCGGUGCAGAAAGCCAGCGUGGGGAAUCUUCUGGGUUUCCUGGAGGACAGUCUGGCCGCCACUCAGUACCAGCAGCAGAACCAGAGCUCCAUGAUGCAAACGGGUCAUCAGUACGAGCCCACCAGCGUGGACAUGAUGCGGCGAGCGGCCCGAGCGCUACACGCCCUCGCGAAGGUGGAGGAAAACCACUCGGAGUUCACUUUAUUCGAGUCGAGGCUACUGGACGUCUCCGUUUCCCCCCUCAUGAACUCCUCCGUUACCCAGGUGAUCUGUGACGUACUUUUCCUGAUCGGACAGUCAUGACAGCCGUGGGGAGGUUUCCGUUCUGCCUCUCGCUCCCCGACUUCCUCCUCCUCAAAAAACAACAACAACCCCUUUUUGUUCGGUGUGUCUGUUGCGAGUGAAAAAGAGCAAAACUGACUUUUUUUUGUUGUUUUUUUUUUUUAUUUAUGCAAAAUCACCUCGGAUUCCACUGUCUGUUUUUUCUGCCUCCUCCUCCUCCCCCCCUUUCACCUCCUCACCCCCCCUCCCCCUUUUUCUCCUGCUUCUCACUAAAAAGGAAGGAAUAUCAUGAAGUAGCUGUGGAUUUUCUGAAAAAGAGCAGAAAUCAACAUCGGGCAUAUAGGACGCGACGGGGGGGGGGGGCGACGGGGGGCGGGGCGAAUAAAGGACUUUGUUUUUUAAUUAAAAGAUAUAAAAAAAACUCUAGAAAAAAAAAACUGUAACCAAAGUUGCUGUCUCGUUUACAGUGAAUUUGGGGGGGGUCGGCAGAGGGGGAGGGGGGGGGGGGGGGCACGGACUAAACGAUAUUAUGGACUGUGGUGUUGCUGUAAAACUCUGGAUGCUAUAUUUACUCCACAGGAGAGAAACCACACUAUUGGCUGCCAUGGGGAGGCCUAGAUUGUAGGACUUUUUUCUGUACUGUACCUUUAAGAACUGUAAACAUACUGUAAUAAUAAUACUGUUUCACACUGAGAUACGCUGGCUUGGCAGCAAACUGUAGUUUUUAAAAGACAGUUUUAGUUAUUAUUAAAGAGAGAAAAACAACGGCUUUCCCCCCAAAGUUUGGUGAACCUACAACACCCCGACCUCUUUACUCUUUGUCCCUUGAUUGUAUGACUUGACCCUUAUAUUGAAAAAGUCACUUCUUUAGGACUCGAUGCUAGAUGCAGUCCGAGCUGCGUGUAAAUAUGAUGUUGUACAUUACACCUCUCUAUCCUUCUUCUUCUGUUGCUCUUCACCGUUUUUAAUCUUUGACGAGUUUCCCCCUCCUCUUUGCAUCAAGUCAUGUGAUUACUUGACUUCCUCCUCCUCCUCAACAGACUGGGUUUUAGAGAAAUAUAACAAAAAUCAUGAUCCAUUUGAGCUCCUCCCAUAAAAUGACAACCUUGAUGAAGAAACCAUUUUUUAUUUUUUUUGUUUAUUUUUUUCAUUUUUUUUCUCCAGUGAUGCGGAUUCUGCAUAUUUGUAUUUCAGAUGAUGUAGCUAAAAACUUGAUGUAAAUUCCUCCCUUUUCCCCCUUUUUUUUGGCUUAAUGAAUAUCAUUUAUUCAGUAUGAAAUCUUUAUACUAUAUGUUCCACGUGUUAAGAAUAAAUGUACAUUAAAUCUUCGUAAGACGUUU